UUAUCAUGAUUAUCUUUCUUUCUUUCUUCUUUUUCCUCACCUCAACCGUUCGACUCCAACACCAGACCUCUCCUUUCUCUUCUCUAUAUAAAUCAACCCCCGACCCCUAAGCUUUCUUGUACCGGAGAAAACCACCACAAAUCUCAGUCUCUGAGUCUUUGUAGUCAUUCAGCUAAUUUCUUCCAAAAUCUGUAGUCAUGUCUCAGACAGUUGUCCUCAAGGUUGGUAUGUCAUGUGGAGGCUGUGUUGGGGCCGUGAAAAGGGUUCUGGAAAAAAUGGAAGGGGUAGAAUCAUAUGAUAUUGAUUUGAAGGAGCAGAAAGUGACAGUGAAGGGCAGUGUGCCUCCUGAGGCAGUUCUGCAGACAGUUUCAAAAACUGGAAAGAAGACUAGCUUCUGGGAAGCAGAAGCACCAGCAGAAUCUGAAGGAAAGCCUGUAGAACCGGAAGGUAAACCUGCAGAACCUGAAGGAAAGCCUGCCGAAGCUGUGGCGGCAGCUUAAGAAUCACUAAUUCCCUGGAAGUGUGUAGUCUAUAAACCACUAAUAGUUUGCUGAACUUAAUAUAGUAUGAACGCAUCUGGAAUAUGAAGUUUGUAGUGUACUUCAAAUAAUUGGAUGUGAGCAACAAUAAUUUCUUGGGUGCUUGGCAUACGAUCUUCUGUUCACACAAUAAGCUGACAGCUUGAUUGCUGUGUUAUUUCUUA